GGACACGUGGCCGGGGCGGGGGUCGGGGCCGAGGCCGGUGGGUUGGAUGGGAGGCCCCCCGAACGUAGCGCCCGGCUCCGAGAGCCCUCCCAGUAACGGUCGAGAUCGAGAAAGCUCCUUAAUCAUCCCUCACCUAAUACCGUUGUUUUUACAGAAGGGGAAACUGAGGCCCAAGGACUUUGGGCACUUUUCCUAAAGUCACAAAGCUGAGUGCGACCCAUACUUCCACUCUCUCUGUCGCCUGGAAGAAUCUUCCUGGUCCUUGCCUUCCCAUUCCGCUCUCCGGCUUCCCAAUAAGCACACAGCUUCAAGACUGCCUUUGACCACCUUCAGCCAAGCUAUGUAUGACAAAGACCCCCCUGGCCUAGUGUCCCCAGCGCUGCCUCUUGCCUCCUCAGUGCUGAUGCUGCUAAUGAGCAGUCUGUGGUUGGUGGGAGCUGGUCCCAGCCUUGCCUUGGCCCCGGAGCUGCUGCUGGACCCCUGGCAGGCACACCGGUUGCUGACCCAUGCUCUGGGCCACACAGCCCUAUCCAGUCUGCUCCUGAGUCUGCUGCUCUUGCCCUUGCUGGGCUGGAGGCAGGAGUGCCACCUGGGCACGCUGCGGUUCCUACAUACCUCCACCCUGCUAGCCCUGGCUGCCGGGCUAAUAGCUGUACUGCUGGCAGGCCUCGGGGUGUCCACUGCAGCCGGUGGCUGUGGGUACAUGCCUGUCCACCUGGCCAUGCUCUCGGGACAAGGUUACUGCCCUAAGGAGCUCCAUGGGGCACUGCCGCCGUGGCUGUUGCCAUGGUUGCUGCUUGCCCUGACACCGCUGCUCACCUCUGAGCCACCCUUUCUGCAGCUUUUCUGCGGUCUCCUUGCUGGCCUGGCCUACACAGCCGGGGCCUUCCGAUGGCUGGAGCUCUCUGAGCAGCGGCUGCAGGAGCUGCAGGAGGGCUUCCUGUGCAGGGUUUUGGCCGGGUGCUGGCCGCUUAGGCUCCUUCCCACCCCGGGCAGUGUGGCUGAGCUGCCUCUCACCCAUCCUGGAGUGAGACUUGCCACCCCUGGACCUCCUUACAUGGCCUCCUCUAGCCUAUGGUCCCACAGUGAAGGCUCAGCCCCAUUCCCACCAGGCCUGGGGCCUGCGCAGCCCACCUGGGAGGGCUCCUCAGAGGUUGGCCUGGCCUGGAGCAGGCCCAGCUUCCCUCCAGGGACCCAGCUGUGGGCAGCCCUAGAUGAGCAGAUGCUGCAGGAGGGGAUCCAGGCCUCGCUCCUUGAGGGGCCAGCCCAGGUUCCCAAGAGCCCACUGUGGCUGCCCAAGUCCUCCGUCUCUUCUCUACGGCUUCAGCAGCUGGAGCGCAUGGGCUUCCCCAUGGAGCAGGCAGUGGUGGCACUAGCAGCCACAGGUCAUGUGGAGGGUGCUGUGUCACUGCUGGUCAAUGGGGAGGUGGGCGCUGAGGCCCUGGUGACUCAAGGGAGAGGUGGGCCUGCCUAUCCCGAGGGUCCUGGGCCCCCCUAGCACAGGCAGGCUGUCCGGUGACAAGAGGCCUGGCCUAUGAGCGGGUAGUCUGAGUCCCAGCCCUGUGGACUGACAGUGGGAGCAGGAGAGGCCCCUCCAGCACCCUGCAGUGGUACUGUUUAGAAUAAAAAUCAGUUUACUUUUCAA